AUGACACAUCACCAAUCAUUAAGUGAUAUUCAAAAACGAAUUAUCAAUUAUUUAAAUAGUCUGAAUUAUCCAGUCUGUGAUAUAGAAGUACAAAAACGAAAAACUGAUAGAAAAGCUUUAGAUGAAUAUUUGAGAAAAGUAUUUACAACAUAUACUACUGUAUUAACAAAUAUGAGAAAAAUUAAUACUGUUAGUAUUGACGAUUUAUUAGGAAUGACAGAUUGUAAUGGUAAAAAAGAACGUGAAUAUUGGGUAGAAUAUAUCAUAAGAGAAUUAAAUAAUACCCAAGAAAAAGGAUUAGUUGAAAUUUUAACAUAUUUAAAUUAUAAUACAAAAGAGUCUGAUAUUGAAAUUGACUUAUCACAUAUCUCAUUAAAACAACUAAGAGAAGUUCAUCAAAUAAUUAAAAUGUAUUCAAAAUAA